UCUGCUCAGGUAGAGAUGGAAUCGUGUCAUUCUGCCCUCACCUACCCGGGCUCGGUACUGGCCCCCACCCUAAAGGUGGGUCCAGUGCUUCCCUCUAGUGGCGCCCGGACGACGGUUGUGCUAACGCCCUGUCACCCUCCUGUGUACUCCACCCUGGGACACCUCAUCACAAUUAUUGAGGAACUUCGAAAACGCCAGGUAAAGUACACCUUUGGGACAGAUGGAGAGGAUGUUGCCAAAAAUGCCCUGAAGAAACUAUUGUUCGAUUGUGAGAAGCACAUCGACAAAAUGGCUACCUCUCCUAAAAGCACAAGCGGGACCAUUAAUUUCUUUCCCAAUCCAAUGAUUGAGGAGUUAGAGAUUGAGAUGAAGAAACUACAACAGACUAAUGAUACUAACCUACAAGAUAUGGCUGACCAGCUUAAGAAGAUCAAAUCUUUGGAGCAGAAACUGAAACCUUCUCAAGAGAAAAACAGGAAAUUCCUUGAGAAAAAUAUGGAGCUGACCAUGCAGAACAGAAGUUUGAAAGACCAGAUCCAGGUUCUGACUGAUGAGAACAAAAAAAUUAAGGAACAAUGUGAACAUUCCAAAAAACGAGUGAAGUCACUUUCCCAGCAACUAAAUCAUGAAAAAAUGGAGAGAGGGACAGCUGAAAUCAAAGCACAAGAAUUGGACCGUUGUAAAAUACAGAUCACAGAACUUACAAAAACAGUCACAGCACUCAGACAAACCUGUAUUGAAAAAGACCGACGUAUAGAAUUGAUACAACACAGAAAAAGGAGGAAACGGUGGAUGAGGACACAAGCUAUAGAUAAGAGUCCUGGUGUCAAGGAAACGUUUUUCGGGUAUGACGAGGACGAUACGUCUGUUGCGUCCGUCGACUCGGAGACGUCAUUUUCAUCCAUGUCCCAUGGCACUCUUUCAGAUGAAGAUCUGUGUGAUGAGUUGUCAAGGGAAGAGAUAGAGACUCAGUAUCAACAGCUGAUGAAGGAACACUUGGAGCUACAGAGAUUACAUUCCCUUCUGCAGACACAGACUGGCAGUCAUCUGGAUCCACAGAGGGAAAACAAGUUACGGACUCAGCUGCAGUCAGAUCUGUUCGCUGCACAGUGUAAGAUUGAAGAGCUACAAGCACUACUGCGACAACAGGAUGAGGAGAUCCACAGUAACAGAAACGAGAAUAAGGAACUGUUGACCAAAACCAGGAGCUUGGAACAAAGGAACAUGCAUCUAGAGAAGGCACAGACUCGACUGGAGCUGGAGGUGACAGAAGCCCGUGAGGUUGCGGAGAAUCUGGAAUUCCGCAUCGUAGAGCUAGAAUCACAGGAAACAGGGGACCACAGAAAUGAUGUGUACCAUGUUCUGGAGACCAUCCCUGAGGACCCUGCUGAGAUGAUGGACCAAAAGGAUGGGACUCUGGCACCUCCCUCUAGUAGGGAUGGGGCAGAAAGUCCGGAGGUCAUGGGUCAAAGGUUACAGGAACAGGAAAUGCAUAUCAAGACUUUAGAGCAAACAGCAAGUGAGCUGCAGAUGAAGAUUAGCUCUCUACAGCAGGAAAAAUCUCGUCUAGAGGAUAAAACAUAUGAUGGCUCAAACAAGCUAAGCCUUGAGGAACGUGAAGCACAGGAAGUGCUGAAGGUCAAGGAUUCAAUCUCACAAAACAACAUGGAAUGCAGGGAACUAACACAUGGUAACCACGGUAACCAAACAAAUGGAUCAAUUUGUGAUCACAGAAACCAAACAGACAGUAACCAUACCAACCAGCCAUUCAUUAAUCAGCAAGACAUUAACUGUAGCCACCAAAUUAAUGACCAAAACACUAAACGGGUAACGGGGGAGACAACUCCGCAUAGGAAAUCAGACAAAACAUUUGCCUGUGGCAUCACUCAAACUGAUGAAGAGAAAAAACAAGAUGAGAGGGGAAUGGAAAAACAGAUAAACAGCCAGACGUUUGAUCAGAAAUGUAUCCAGACAGAUCUUGUAGAAAAAAGAGAUGUUGAGAUGAUGACUGUACCAAUUAAACAAAAAAGCAAAUCUCCUAGUCCAGGACGACGAUCCCCCUCACCAGAACAACAGCCACCACCUGUAGAAUUGACCAAUUUCAACAGUCACAUCAUCCAGCUGGAGAAGGACCUAGCCAAACUACGUGACCAGAACAUUACACUUCGCAGCCUCCUUCUGGAUAGCAGCAGUCUAGACAGCAGUCUUCUUCAGGAAGACGAAGACGAUGAUGGCACUGAAACAAUGGAAACCAAGAUGGCUGAACUGCUGGUGAUCUUUGAGGCUUUACAAGAGCGUAUUUACUGCUAUGAGACUGCAGAGCGACAGUUGAAAGACAGAUUGAAGCUGAUGGAGAGGAACAUCAAUGAUUUAGAGGUCAGUGAGGGGUCAACAAGAGAUCAGUUGGAGGAGGCAAAGAAGUGUGAGUAUGAGGUCAGGAGGUCACUCUCUGUUGCCCACCUCAAGGUCAAGGAUCUCAAAGAAAUUAUACUGGACAAGGACACCAUGGAAACAACUCUGGCUGAAAAGGUCCAGUUCCUAGAGCAGGCAGAAGUCAUAUCGUCAAAGAAAAUCACUGAACUGGAACAACGUAAUCAAAGUCUACAGCAACGUCUUGACCUUAAGGAGGAACUUGAGUCUGACCUCCUCUUGGUGGAGACUCUCAAAGAGAGGCUUCAGGAAACACAGUCUGAAAAUGAUGAACUUAGCAUUAAAAUUACUGAAAUGGAGGAAAAUGAAGAAACUUUAAAAAUCAAUUGGAUGAAAGUGGCUGAAAAUGACUCUAAUAGAAUCCAAAGCUUGGAAGAAAAGGUGAAAGUUCUGGAAAAUUCUACAUGGGAGUUAAAAUCCAGGUUACGAGAACAACAAGACAGAUCUCCAAUGCCAACAAGCUCUGAAGGACCCUCGCUAGCGAUGGAGUUAACUCAGAGUGAGACAAGUGAAAUUACGGACCAAACUGACUCUUCUCUUCACUUUAAAAUCUCAUCUCUUGAGGAGGAACUACAAGCCAUGGAGGAAUCCAAAAAUGCCAAAAUUGAAACAUUACAAGAAAAAAUCUGUCAGUUGAAAGAAAACGAAAUCAAACUCAGUGAAACAGUGGGUGAGAUGGAGCAGGAGGAAAGAGAGCUACGUUCUCGUCUGAAAAUGUACGAAAGUCGCGGUGGUGGGAACUCAGAUCAUUUGUAUGUAGACAAAAUUAAAGAGUUGAGUCGUUCUCAACAUGAUCUUCUAGAUCGUCUUGAUUCAAUGGAGGACCAUGAGGAAAAUUUAAAAAUACGCAUGCAAGAGACAGAAAGUUCAUUAAGACUAAAAAUUGAUCAAUAUGAAAGAGAAAUUGCACAGUAUAUUGAACAGGAGGAGGAAAUGUUGUGUCGUGUCCAGGAAAUAGAGAAACAUGAUGAGGAACUCAUGGAAAAGUGUGAAAGAUACGAGGAACAGAAAUCAGAACUGGAAGCAGAGAUUGAAACUCUGAAUAAUCAAAUGGAUUCUUAUUGUGAACAUGAACAAGAAUUAAUUAAAGCUGGAGAAACUUUGAAUGAGGAAAACGAAAAACUAGGUUGUGAUGUGAGAGAAUACAAGAGUAAAACUGAACAAUUUGAACAACAGGUUGCUCAAAUGAAACUUGAAAAAGAUGCUUUAAGUGCAAAGGUCAAGGACAUAUCAGUAGAGUUGAAACAGGUCAAAGUUCAAUGUGGUGAGCUUACUCAGAAACAAGAGUGGUACAGUAAGGAGUUAGGCCAGGUUCGUACCGAAAAUGAUGAACUCACAGAAAAGUUAGAGACAAUAGGAGCUGAACUUGAUCAAGUCAGAUCUGAAAAUGAUGAUCUGAAUGAACGACUCAUUGAACUGGAUUCUUCUGAACAGGAGUGCUUAGAAAAAAUUAGAAACAUUGAAAUAAAAAAUGCCAACAUCCAACAUUUAGAAAGGAAAGUGGAUGUUUUAGAGGAAGCUGAAUAUAAACUUAUGGAUAGAGUGUCUGAACUAGAGGAUAUAGAACAAAACUUAAGAUCUAGACUAGAAGUUGUAAAAUUUGACAAAAGCACAGAAACAACAGAGAAUUACCUCCCCUUAUCAGAAAGUCCUGUGACUGAUGAUGUUGUGACAAGGAUUGAUGUGCAACCGGUAGAAACAAAAGAGCAGACGACAGAUACCAAUGAUCUUGGGGAGAACUCACAGGCAGGUAAGGUCACAGGACUCUUCCAAAGGUUACAAGAACUUGAAAGUGAAAAUCAGACUCUGUCUGAAAAGCUUGUUUCUCUCACAGCAACUGAUGCACAGGUGAAACAACUGUCAGAGAAAGUCAAGCUUCUGGAGAACUCAGAAGAUCGGUUAAUGGACCGUGUUAUGGAACUAGAGGAAAUUGAAGACAGAAUGAAACGUCAGAUCAUGAAAGCUAGUAAAUCUUCUGAAAUUGUCACUGAACCUUCAGACAUUGAAAAUAUUGAGGAUGCACGAUCAAAGAGUCAGGAAAGAAAACCACCUGCAGGAGUAGAAGAAGUUAGCCCUGAUCGUGACGAGUUUGUGGAUGCUCUAGAAGAACCUGAAGGAAGUCUAAUGAAACGUCAGCUCGAAAAGGCGAAGAAGUCUGUGGAGUCCAUUCCUGAUUUUGAUGCAGAUAUGGACUCUAUUGAAGAUGCUGAUGAGAGCUUGAGAGAAACAAUUCACAGAAUGUAUCAGGAGAAAGAGAAGAUUGUUGGACAGUUGAACAACAUGCAAAAACUUUUGACCACAUCCAAGGAGAAACUUGCCAUCUGUGAAAGAGAAAUGGCAGAAGAGAAGAAAAAAUUUGAUGUCUCAGAAAAAUGUCUCAAAGAAGAGAAACAGAAAUUGUCUUCAAGUGAAAAACUGCUUUCUGAGUGUCAACAUGAGUUGAAAGAGUGUAAAAUAUGUCUCGCUGAAAAAACAGAUAAAAUGUCUUCUUUAAAAUUAUCUGAAGACAAGCUGUUGAGAACUGUGGAAAUUGAACAGAUAAGAUCACGAGAGUUAGAGAAGGAAUUGAUAUCUACGCAAGAAAAACUCAAUGAUGUUCAAAAAGAAUAUGAUUUAAAAAUCUUCCAGUUAAAGGAGCGAGUUGAUCAAAUGGUUGAUCAGGAAAAACAGCUCAAACAAGAAGUCAACGAUUUGUUAAAAGGAAAGGAAAUCCUGUUAGAGCGGAUAGAUGAACUUCAGCAAUUACAAAGUCAGUCUCAGGACCAAGUGAUAUCUAGUCACACUAUGCAAUAUAAUAAUCAAAAUGUGUUACAAUCAGCCAAUCAUGUUUCUAAUUCUAGUCAUGUGACCACUUCCAGUUCUCAGGAUGACAUUGUGGACUUCAAAGCAAAAUGUGAUGAAGCUGAUGCAAAAAUUUUAAUAUUAGUUAAGAAAUGUCAGGAACUUGAAUCAAAAUACAAGGAAAAAUGUGAAACAGCAGAAAAAAUUCACGAGUUACAAGGAUUUUGUGAUCGUGUAGAUUCAGGCUUUUCUCAUAGUUCUAAACAGAGUAGUGUUCAUGUUGUUACUGACCUCUCACCACAUGACAGUGGAUUUUUGACUGAAGGUGAGGCUGGAGGUCACGACCUUGGUGUUCAGAAUUCACAAGACCAUAUAAAUGCAUUCCAUGAUGUUGUCAAGGCCACUGUCCGUGAUCUGGAGUUAGCCAUGUCUGAUAAUGAUGACCAAACAUUCCCUGCAGCCUCUAGUUCAAUGUCCAAAGAUGCCAGUCCAUUCCAGAAUACGCUUGCCAGGCUGUCUCGAUGUAAAUCUUGUAUGCUGGAGAGGCUUGUCAGCUACAACAAAAUGAGAUUGACACUGAAAACCAGUGGUACAGGAUCUGAUGUGGAUCUCCAUCAACGAAUCGCUGCUCUCCAAUCAUCAGAGAAAAAUCUCAAACUACAAAUCCAACAUUUAGAGCAGUCCAAGUUUGACCUUGAACUGAAGGUCAAGAAUGCAGCUGCAGAAAGAGGUGUCAGUGAUGAGGAUCAUAACCUCUUCUCUAAAUCUGGUCAUGUGACAUCAUCACCUGAUGAACGGGGACUUGGUAGCAGGCAGAUUCUGCUUGAGAGAAUCAGUGAGUUGGAGCAGAGUGAGAGACAUUUGAAGCAGAGGUUAGAAGUGGUUACAGGGAUUCCCAUAACAACAGUCACCAUGUUGGAUCAGCCAGAGGAUAUACUAAGACAGAGGAUUGGGGAGCUGGAGAGACUGGAAAAACAUCUCAAACAACAGGUGCUGGACAUGGAACAGGAUCGCGAGGAGCUCCAUGAGAUUGCCAGGAAGGACAAAAACCUCAUCCAUGACCAAAACGUCAAAAUGCGUGAGCUGCAGCUGUCAGAGAAAAAUUUAAAGGAGCAGGUGAACCAUUUUGAAGCCUCUGAACGAAACCUCUAUAACAAAGUAGAGGAGCUGGAGGACCAAAUUUCUCGUCUAGAGGAUCGCAUCUCUGAACUCAAGGUCAUGGAGAUGAGACUGAAGGAACUAGUCAGGAAGUACAAGCUUGAUGAAGAGGUCUGGCUGAGUAAAUCUGAGAACCUCGAAACCUCCAUGACAGAACUGAGUGUGUCUGAGGCAAAAAUGAAAAAACAGGUUCAGAGUUUAGAAAUGGAGCGAAAUGGACUGGCUGAGAAAACAGAAUAUUUACAUAUGAGGCUGAAAGAGUUAGAGAAUGCAGAGGCUAACUUACUUCAGCGAACGAAGGACCAAGAAAAUAAGGAAAUCAUUCUUAAUGAGAAACUUUCAGAGCUUCAAACUCAUGGCUCCUCUACCGACCAACAAAACUCAGAGUUACAAAUGGUUAAUGUUGAUCUAACACAAAACUUUAAUCAUGUUGUUCAGGAAAAUGGUGCACUCACACAUCACAUUGUUCAGUUACAGAACCAGGUUCAGGUUUUAGAACAGCAAUCUAUCACUCUAAGGGAUACAGAACUCCGACUUAAACAGGAAGUUGAGUGUCUGGAGAAAAGUGAAAAAGAGCUUCAAAAGAAGGUGAAGGACCUUCAGUUGAAGGAGGUUGAUAUGCAAGGUCAGCUAAGACAAGCAGAAGAAGGGGAGACAAUCAUGAAGGAUAAAGUCAGCAAGCUGCAACGAAGUGAAAAUAAACUUAAGUACAGGAUACAGGAGUUGGAGAAUUCAGGCACACAGUUACCACUGGAUGUGCCGAGCUCCCUCAAAGACAAGGUUCCUAGGAAGUUGGAGGAUUGUCAGCGUCGCCUGAUUAUCUUACAGAACCAAAACGAGAAACUUAAAUCUCGUGUACUUGAUUAUCAAAACCUUUCGACGUCUAAAUCGGCAGUGAAGCUCCCGUUAGCGGAGUAUCAGGAGUUACAAACAAAGGUGGCGCUGCUGGAGCAGACGGAACUCCAUCUUGAUGAGAUGGAGCAAACUAAUGCUCAGCUUUUGGAGACUGUUAAACGGAUGCAGGAGGGACAGGACGUUAGUAGUCCUGAACUGGAUGCUAUCCAGAGACGUUUGGCUCAGUCUACCAAGAUGAUUAAGGUAUUACGGCAGAACAUGCACAGUGUACAGUGGAAAGAUUUGGGGCCAGUCACACAUAAUGGUAUCUCAGCUGACCAGUCACGUGUCUCACACUUAGAGACAACUGGUCACCUAGCAGAGAGAGGAGCAAAGGGUCAAGGUCAAAUGACCAGGUCCGCAAGAGCCGGACACCCUACGCAGUCGCCGGUCCAGGGUGACCGUUAUGAUGUUAUGAAUUAUGAUGACAUAUCAGACACUAGUACCGUUGAUGAGGACAGUGUCCAUAAGGUUGAGAAAACCAGUGUUCACAUGCAUCUGACAAAGGAAGGAAAGUUUGUGGUGCUGGGACCACAUGAGGCUGCGCGGGGGCAUAAAAAUGUACCCAAUGCACAACUAGUAUCCGACGACCGACAGCAGAUGAUAGAUGAUUUGGUCAGCCAUCUUGAUUCUGCGGGGAGUCCGUUGGAGGAGGCACAUUGGAAACAAGUUGAAUCCCUGUCACCCAGGGCAGCAGGGAGCAACAAAGGAGACAAACGCUGGGUCAAUGUUGGUAAGGCGACCAGUCUCAACCAAUCAAGUGCCAAAAAAGUGUCCCGCUUAAAUCCAGAUGAGGAGCUUGUGUUAGGACUAACGCUCCCAUCUGAAACUGAAAGUCAAAAUAAAUAUAGUACACAGAAUGACACAGAUUCCACUAUGGCAAGCCCUUUGAUGAAAAGGAGAAAAUUUCGCCCUACAGAAAGUGUCGACUCUCAGGUGCCCCCACCACUGCCACAAAGCCAGCCACCAUCUUUAAACUCAACCCUUAAUGGUGCCGAUAAUUUCGUUACUGCUGGAUUUCCUGGACUGGAACAGGACUUUCCGGAUGAAAUAAUGUAUGAGCAGGACUACAGUAUGGUGUCCGCUCCGCUCCAGACUUCACACUCCAUGAUGAGCAUGCCUGACAGCGGGCAUGGUACAGUGUCCACACUCAGAAGUCAGGCUCUACAGGAGAGAAUCACCCAGAUCAGUCAGGUUUUACAGAAAAAGCCAAUAGCUAAUGAGGUAACAGAUGAAGAUGAUGAUGUCAUGAUCUGGAAAAUAAAGACAUCUGAGGCUCUACGUCAGAUGGAGAAUUAUGACAAGGAGAACAGAUACCUGAAGGAAGAGAUAACAAAGUUAGAGAAGGAUUUGGAAAAUAAAUCUCGCUACAUCUUAAUCCUGGAGAAAUUCCUUGACAAGCUUUCAGAAACUCUGAAACUAAAGGAGACGAGGAACAGUAAGGAAGUUGUCCAGAUUGUGGAGGCGGAACUGAUCAAGGUCAGGGAGGAGCUUGCUGAUGCAGGACAUAAGAAACUUGAUCUAUCACAGGAUGUUGUGGCUCUAAAUAUGGAGCUCAACAAACGUCAAAGGGAACUUAUUGCCAAGAGAAAUGAGGCAGACAGUUUGAUGCGUGAACUACGACAAUGGCAAGAGGAAUGUCGUACCAUUGAGGACAUGCGAACAAACGCCCUCGACUCCUUACAGUGUCUCCAGCAGGAGGCUGAGGAAAUCAAGGAACUGGAGAAAUCUUUAAAGCAUGCCAAGGACGAAAACAACAAGCUGCUUAAACAGUUCUCCCAGAUGAAACAGACAAAAGAGGAAGCAGUACUUGCACUUGUACCCUUAAAGUCUAAAGUAAAUCGUCUCUCUCAGAAGUGUAAAGAAAAGGAUGAGUUGCUACGACGAUUGGGAGAGGAGCUGAGGAAACUAAAGGGCAUCAGUAAACCAGUUGUCCUCCUGGAACAGUUACGACACAUGGAGGAGCAGAUGGCCGGAGAAGAGUACAAUAGACCAGACUCAGACACUGACCUACACAGAUCAUCAUCAGUGUCUUCAUUUAAUGAUGUGUUAGAUCCAGGUGCCUGGAGUGAUUUGGAUAUGUCACCUGGUAAUAUUAACGGACGACCAAAGUCUGCUGACCAAUAUGACCGCCAUCAGAGGCCACUACCUUCACAGCAGCUUCCUUUAAUACACCGCCCAAACAGGUCGCCAGUGUACAGUCUAGAACAGCGAGGCCACAAAAAGCCACCAACAGGACACAUGCCACGCCACACGGCCUUCGUGGCGGUGGCUGACUAUGACCCGAAUGCUUUCUCUAAGAGUGGCCGUCCCCGUCUGGAGUUAGAGCUUGUAGAGGGCGACACUGUUACUAUCACAGGUCCAUUAGAUAGCUUUGGGUAUUAUGAGGCUGAGGUCAAAGGUCGUGUUGGGCUGGUACCAGCCAGUCAUGUACAGCCUGCAUCAGGGAUAGAGGACCUCGGAAAUCUUAAUCCCAGCCCUAACGAGCGCCGGGUACAACAGCUCCAAAAUACACCUUCUCAUCUUGACCCGAGCCCAGAGAAAGUCCUCAACAUGCACAACCAGCUACAGCAGUCUCACCAGCCCCAUCGAUAUGUGUCACUCAAGCUGUCACCACGUCAAGUCAACGGCCACUUACCUGGAAAUCUGUCGCCACGAGGCCAGCAGAAUGUCAGAGGUCAGCUGUCACCUCAGUUUAAACAAGGUGUUCCAGAACCUCCUACAGAAUUGAAAGCAGAGAAAACUGCAGGAGGCAAAAGUAUUUUACUUUCCUGGACUCCUCCUAAACUUAAUGAACUAGCCCAAAGCAACAAGUCACAGGUCAUAGGUUACAAGAUCUACAUGAAUGGAAAAGUACAGCAACAAGUCAACAGCCCUCAUUUGUCCAAAGCAGUAGUGGACACACUGGACACUGGUCACUCUAUUCGCCUUGGUAUCCAAACACUCACCACCAAUGGUCCUGUGUCUGUUGUUAAGGAGAUCACCUUUCGCCAUGACAACAAAAAGGAAGAUGUUGAGGGGGAGCCUGAGGGUGAAGACCUUGUACGCCAUCUCAACAGUACUGACUUCCGAGCAGGCAGGAGACAUAUGUUUUUGGGUGUGUAUGACUAUGAUCCUGCCCACCAGUCGCCACGGGAGAACUCAAGUUAUGAGCUUGCCUUCCAUGCUGGUGAUGUCAUAACAGUUUAUGGCAAAGAACGUCCAGAUGGCUUCUAUUAUGGAGAGAUGAAUGGCCGUCGGGGACUUGUACCCGCUAGCUUUAUGGAGGAGAUUCCAGUUAACAGCGCUGGUAUAAAGUCGUCGCCUAAGUCUCCCAAUGCAUACAGAAGUACGCUAGAGAUAAAGCACGCCCUCCAGCGGUAACCAGCAUUAACGCCAGUUUAGACUGGCAAAUAUGAAGAUAGCUGUGAUAUUUAACUUUAAUGAUGUGAAAAUUUCGGUGCAAUGACCCAAAGGGCAGCACCUAUAAAAAUAGCAAAAUGAAAAAUUUCUAUAAAUAGUUAUGUAAACAUAUAUUCACUAGUUGUAACAUUUUCGCUGUUACCUUAGUGUAUGAACACAAAAGGUAAUUGUAUUUAUCAUCUUUAAUCUAGGCACAUUUUUAUGCAAUAUUUAACGUAGUACAUAUAAUUUGUGUUAGCAUGGACGUGUUGUUUUUAUUUAUCUCCCAACUCCUUGCAGCAUAAGUUAAAGACUUUAAGGUUUUCAUCAAAGAAGAAAUUUUGUACAGUUGCUCACCUUAAGUUAUUUGCACAAGCAUUACCUAGUUACAGGUCUAAUGUGUUAUAUUGCUAGGAAAUGGAAGUUAUUUAAACUAAACCUAUCGUAGUCAAACAUGUAUUUGACAGCUAUAUGAACUAAUUGUUUGCCAAAGUAUAGAACCAGUUUCAAGAUAUGAUAAAAGCAACAGCUCUAUUGUAUUAACCACAUUGUGACCUUUAUUUAUGAUUGUAAAUCUCUCCUGUUUCACAAACAUUUCAGAAGUCUACCUUAAAUCCAGGCUUAAGCUUCACUAUAAUGUUACUUCUAUGAAAAGUCUAGAGAAUUGUGUCAGAAGUCUUCGGACUUUUCCUUUGUUUGCUACUACUGGAGUUUGAGUUGAGGCGACUUCUGAAAUCUUUUGCUGACACAGCUUUGUAGAUCCUACGACAUACUCACAUGUGAUCAUGUGUUUUCACUUGCUGUCAUAUUGCUGGCAUCCCACUUAAAUACCUUGUACAGUGUAUAGAAAUCAAGAGGAGGUAACUCUGAAACUUUUGUUUAAGGAUGUCAUUUAAAAUACUGUGUUAAAAUUAAUUUGUCAUUAAUGAACAAAGGUCAAGGUCAUGCUACGAUCCCAUGAUCAGUAGUUGUUAAGUUAUUGGGACUGUUGUUGUACUGUUAAUACGAUAUUGUUUGAAAUCACCAGUUUAAUCUGCCAGUAAUGGAGUUUUUUGACUUCCUGUUAGUGUAAGAUCAGUUCAGUGUUUGAUAAGUACAUCUAUUAGUCAGAUAUAGAGAAAUAUGAGUCAUUGGUUUAACAUCUUUUUGUUAUAUCUUCAUUGUUAUGAAGUUUGUUAUUUCGCAUGAAUUAAAGAAGUUCGUUUUCGAUGUAUUACAAUAUGUAAGAAUCAGUCAUUAGAUACUACAGUUAAUUGUUUCUUUCAACUUGAUUUGAAGUAAUCACAUGUUAUCUGUCUUUUGUUUCUCUUCAAUUUAUCCAUCAACUUUCACUUUAUAUUACAUAAUGAUAUUCUAACCUGGUGAGUUACACAGCAAUAGCAAGUGCAAAUAUAGUACAAAUUCUAGGAUGCAUUUAAAUUUUAUCAAGUCCAUCGAAUUCAAUUCUUUAUUAAUUUACGAAUUCUAAAGUAUGAUUUAUGUUUGUUAUUUAUAUUUUUGUACAAGUUAUUGACAAAAACCUGUAAUGACACAUUAAACUGUCUGAUAAUAUAAAA